AUGAAUGUUUCUGGCGGAUUUCGCCGGCUCACUGGUGAGCUUGAGUUUAACCUUUCCUUUGAGGACACUCAAUUCAAGGGAACAUGCUACCUUGGCAAACAUCCGAAGCUUGACUUAAUUGGCCUUGACUGGAUAGAGAAAUUCGGUCUCCUGGAUUUUCUCGCCAAUUCGAAUCAGCUGGCGACAAAGCUGAUGUCGACGAUUCUACCUCCUGCCGAGGUAAACAAAAAGGAGAAGAAGGAGGAGGAACUAGGAGAGAAAGCGCCAGCGGCUUCCGAGCCCCGUCAGAUACCUGGUCAGUCAACUCGCAGCGGCACGUGCAAAAGGCGUGGUGCUCCAACAAAGUUUCCAUCCUCCUCUCCCACGAAUGCCGCCGACUCCCCAGACCUCUCCACGAGGCACCCCGGUUCAAAAAAGGCACGGACUUUAGCCUCUACGCGACCAAGCCGGAAACGAGUGCGAGCGGUUCCGUCACAAGCUCGCUGCCCCAAAGUCGUGACGUCACAAACAAAUUUUACAAUGCUUUCUUUCCCUGGCGCCCCGCCCCCGAGGCUUGACCUGGCAGCUGCCCCUGGCUAA